UCUCCCAUAAAAACACGAAGUUAGUCAACCCGCUCGCCUGCUUGUUGAUACGGUGACGUCGCGAAUGUUUACUCCGCCGUUUGCCGCCCCCGCAUUACCACCGCCGACUGCAUUACUAAAACUAUUGAGUAAUUAAACAGUUAAUUUUUUCUACCCACACGGCGAAGAUGUCGAGUUAUUGUCGCGCAUAUUGCGAGUCCCUCGCUUCCUAGCGCAACACCCGCCUCCUCAUCCGACGAUGGCGGCAUCAACGCCCGCCGCCGCCGGCGACGACGACGGCUCUGUAACUUCUGAUACCAGCACACAAUUUGGCGGAAGCGUGGUUUCCACCGUGCCGGAUCGGUAUGGCUUCAUCGGCGGCGCACAAUACACCGCCGAGAAGGGCGGCGGCCCCCCGCCCGAGGUGGUUCUUCGACGCGAGCGCAAGUGGCUGUCGAUGCUUAAGAACUACGACUUUUAUAUGGAUAAACAAUACAAAAAAAUACGUGAACGAUGUCGCAAAGGUAUACCAAUGUCGGUAAGAGCACGCGCAUGGGCCCAUCUCUGCGGCGGUGAAAUGUUACGGAUAAAAUUUAACGGUGUCUAUCAAAAGUGUUUAUCACAGGAAGCUGAAGCAAAAGCAAUGGAUGACAUCAAGAAAGAUCUUCAUCGACAGUUUCCUUUCCAUGAGAUGUUUUGUUCAGAAGAUAAACCAGGACAAAGGGAAUUAGAAAAUGUUUUACGUGCAUAUGUAGUCUACAACCCUGAAGUGGGUUAUUGCCAAGCACAAGGCCCAGUUGCAGCUUUCCUGUUGAUGCAUAUGCCUGCCGAGCAAGCAUUUUGGUGUCUUGUUAGCAUCUGCGAGAAAUACUUAGCUAACUACUAUUUACCUUCAAUGGACACUGUCCAGCAUGAUGGACUUAUGUUACAGGCGUUGUUAAAACGACUUUGUACACCUGCCUACAAACACUUAAAGAAAGUCGGUGCGGAACCAAUGUUCUACUGCACCGAAUGGUUUCUCUGCGCAUUUACACGCACUUUACCAUGGUCCUCAUUGCUCCGCGUCUGGGACGUUUUCCUCUGUGAAGGCAUCAAGGUGCUGUUCAAAGUCGCGCUCGUCAUUCUCAUCGGGUGUUUGGGACAAGCGCGUGCGAGGAAACAAUGCGGUGAUUUGUGUCUCACACUGAACGUCCUGCGGUCGCCACCGCAGGAGAUUCUCGAAGAGGAAUACUUAAUCGCGCAUGUGAACCGUCUGAAUCUCACCGAGGAGGACUUCAUGGAGGAGGAGGUGAAGCUGCGUCGACGGCUCAAGAAGGAAAAGGAGCGCGCUGAGAAAGAGAAGACUGAUGCGUCCCAGCGGUAGAUUUAAAAUAUCGAGUCAAUAUUUGCAGUCAAUGACUUGUUGUGACUAACCGUCGAUUCAUCCACGCACGUUAUCGCAUUUACAAUAUUGAUAUACUAUAUAAAAGUUGUUGAUUAGCUGACUGAUGAUGUGUCAAUCACAGAUUAGGUUAACGUUAAGCGAAAUGGUUUUUAGAGGUUAUGAGGUGUGUUUACCGUUGAAACUUCGAACCGCGACUGGAAUAAUGGCAGAAACUAUGGAAUGCAUUUACUUCCACUCACAAUUAGGAUAAUUCUAAUUUCUUUGUUGUCUUUUUUAGUUUUGCGCACGAGAUGAUAAAAAAUAUUUAGAUAUGUUGAUAUGUUAAGAGUUAAAAAAAAGUUUAAACAUUUAAACGACGUCCGACAUGUUCAAGCACGUGCAAUUAUACGAAUACGAAGUAUUAUCUAUUUUCCAAGGGUGCUUUAAGUCCCUUUAAGUAGCGAAUUAGUCUGGAAUGAGAAGAAGAAUUACGUUUGCGUUUUGAAUAUUUAAAAUAUUGAAAAUUGAAUUUUGGGAAUAUUUAAUAUUGUCCCUGUAUAUAUUAUACUUCUGUUAAAAAUGAGUAAGGAAUAUUAUUGCUGAUUGUAUUCAAUUGAAUUUGUUACGGGAUUCUCGAAUACCUGUCUUAUUGAGGUGGAUUUAAGAUGUGUUACAGCCGCAUACUCUGUUGUUGAACACUUACCUGUAAAUGUUUAUAAAUCUUUGCUUUUUGUACCAUU